AUGGGCCGUUUCACACUCCCACGCGAUCUCUAUCAUGGCAAGGGCGCUCUCGAGAAUCUCAAGACACUCAAGGGCAAGAGAGCCUUCGUCGUCACAGGUUCCCACGCUAUGCGCAAAUUCGGAUUCCUUGACAAGGUUGUUAACUACCUCAAGGAAGCCAAGUUCGAGGUUCAUGUCUUCGAUGGUGUCGAGCAAGACCCAUCUGUCGAAACAGUCUUCAAGGGCGCUAAGGCCAUGGAAGAAUUCAAGCCAGACUGGAUUGUUGCUCUCGGUGGUGGCUCUCCAAUCGAUGCUGCCAAGGCCAUGUGGGCUGUUUACGAAUACCCAGAGAUGACCUUCGAAAAGCUCAUCGUCCCAUUCUCAUUCCCAGAACUCCGCCAAAAGGCCCACUUCUGCGCCAUCACAUCAACAUCUGGCACAGCUACAGAAGUCACAGCCUUCUCUGUCAUCACAGACUACCAGAAGGGCAUCAAGUACCCACUUGCUGAUUUCAACAUCACACCAGAUGUUGCCAUUGUCGAUCCAGAUCUUGCUGAGACAAUGCCAAAGAAGCUCGUCGCUUUCACAGGCAUGGAUGCCCUCACACACGCUUUCGAAGCCUACGUUUCUACACUUCACUGCGAUUACACUGAUGGCUUGGCCCUCCACUCCAUCAAGCUCAUCUUCGAAACACUCGAAGCUUCCUUCAACGGCUGCAUGAAGGCCCGCGCUACAAUGCACAACGCUCAGUGCCUUGCUGGUAUGGCCUUCUCCAACGCCCUCCUCGGCAUUGUCCACUCAAUGGCCCACAAGACAGGCGCUGCUUACACAAGUGGCCACAUCGUCCACGGCUGCGCUAACGCCAUGUACCUUCCAAAGGUUAUCAAGUACAACUCCAAGAACGAAGAGGCCCUCCACCGCUAUGGUGACAUCGCUCGCUUCCUUGGAAUGCAAGGCAAGGAUGAUGUCGAACUCGUCGAUGCUAUCUGCCAGAGAAUCCGUGACCUCUGCGUCAAGAUCGAAGUCCCACUCUGCAUCAAGGACUACGAGAACGGAAUGAUCAACGAACAGGAGUACCUUGCCAAGCUCAAGGAUGUUGCUACAAACGCUAUCGGCGAUGCUUGCACAGGCUCUAACCCACGCCAGCCAACCCAGGAGGAAAUGGAGAAGCUCCUCCUCGCUGUCUUCUUUGACAAGCCAAUCGAUUUCUAA